AGCUUCGCCAUCAAGACCUUCCAUCCUCACAGCUGUAAUCCAACAGCACACUCCUCCUUGCUUUUGUGGUUGCUGUUGUUGUUGGUGCUGCCGGUGGAGCUUGUUCGAGGGUGACCUAUCGACGAUUCGCAAUGGCUGCCGUCGCCGCAACUAUGUCCGUCGCCACUGUGCGCCAAUUCGAAGGUCUCAAGGCCACCACCAGCUUUAGCAAGCCUGUGCCAAGCUUGGUGAUGAAGAAGUCUUCAGGAAAGGGUGCUUUGGGAGCACGAUGUGACUACAUUGGAUCUUCUACCAACUUGAUCAUGGUUGCAUCGACCACUCUGAUGUUGUUCGCCGGUAGGUUCGGCCUUGCACCUUCCGCCAACAGGAAGUCUACCGCUGGAUUGAAGCUCGUGGAUCGAGACUCUGGCCUCCAAACUGGUGACCCCGCUGGAUUCACUGCCACUGACACCCUUGCCUGCGGAGCCAUGGGACACGUAAUAGGAGUAGGGAUCGUUCUAGGAUUGAAGGCCACAGCUGGUCUGUAAAUCGCUCAAUUCGUCGGCAUGACACAAUGAAAUUAAGAUAUUACCUACCACAGCUGUCUCA